AUGGAAUACAGUCAACUCCCGCUUGCUAAUGCAAGAGAUGACGAUAUUAUAUGUAGCGAUAAAAAUCUCAGAGAAAUGGAUAAAGCUGUUACCAAGCUCAUUGUUGUCGGUCAAAGGAAUUUAAAAUUUCCGACUAACGAGCGACAAUUACGGCCAUAUUGUAACCAUGCACUUAAGACAUUUGACCAGAUUACGGCUUAUAAUGAUAAGUGCCUGAACAAAUUUGGUAGGGAUUCGGCCAAGGUGCUAAUGCACUCACUGGGAAUUGAACUGCGGGCUAUUUGCAAAACUGGGCGAUUAAAUAAAAGGGCCAGGCUUAUUGAGAAGUUCACCGGGGUCAUGAACGCACCCGUUAAACAGCGGCUACCUAUGUGUUGUUGGCCUUAG